GUCAAAAGAAAGAUUCGGACAAACGAGCGACCCCGCUUCGGUUGUCGUGGCUUCUACUAUAUAACCAACGCCUAACUGGGCCGAGUUCCGUUGAUUCCGUCAUCCGUGGUAUCCUCUCCAGUUUUGUUUCACUAAAAAAGAUAAGACAGCAAACGGUGCCAAGGGUUGAUCAUCUGGCAAACUUUCUUCAGUAGCUCUUGGAUACUAUACAACGACUGCAAACGCCAAAAGUGGUUUUUUUCGCGCUAUCUUAGCCUAUUGUUUCCCAGACGCCGGUUUUUCUUCAACCGUCUGGUGUGUGUGUGCGCGCGCGAGCGCGAAGAAACAGAGCUGCAGAAAAUUCGUUACAUGCUUCCGCUUCGCGUUAUCAACCUGCCGCCCACCCUUAAGACGAUGUCAACCACAUCAGCCGAGCUCCUGAAUGGAGCCAACGGCCGAGUAAAUGACCACGAUCAUGUCCUUCGACCCCGUCCACGCAAGCCGUUGCAUUCGCAACUGUCCCAAAUCAGCAACGCCUCGGAUACCGGUAGUACCUUUGAUGCUUCAUCAGAACACGGCGCAAGUAUCAGUAGCGGCCGGUCAACGCCGGUCCCCGAGGACGCUCCCCCGUCGGUUAAAAUCCUAUCAACGGCGCGCCAGCAGGUCCGGCGAGAACAACGUGAAAUCCAACGCAGCCAUCGGCGCUUGUUCCCGCCGACAGACUUCGAGUCUCGUUUAUCCCAUCUCGACCCGAACAGCGACUACCGUGACUUCCAUGGCUUCUUCAACCUAUUCUGGAUCGGGCUUGCCAUCAUGGCCAUUACUACCAUGUUGCGAAACAUAAAAGACACGGGGUAUCCGAUGAGAGUUCAGAUCUGGGGACUGUUCACCGUGAAGGUUUGGGAGCUCGCGUUGAUAGAUGCAGCCAUGGUAUUGUCUACCUAUGUUUCACUGCCGCUGCAUCGCGUCUUCCGCGCUGCCCCUGCCGGGUCUUUGCUGACCUGGGCCCGUGGUGGUAUGGCUAUAAUGAGCAUCUACGAGGUUUUGUGGCUGGCCCUGUGGGUUGCCACCCCUUUCCUCCUCGACUGGACUUGGACUGCACAGGUAUUCCUGUUGCUGCACACCAUGGUGCUUCUGAUGAAGAUGCACUCAUACGUCUUCUACAAUGGCCAUCUUUCGGAAACCGAGAAACGGCUGCGAGCUCUUGAUAACCCCUCAACAGCCUCCAAGGCACCGGCCUACCUCUAUCCAAGUGAGAAUAAGGUAGCUAGUCCUAAGCGCACAACAGCUCCCAAAUUUUUCCGGGACAACAAGGCGGACGAGUCAACCAGACCUCUCGAGGUUUCCAAGCUCUCCAAUGAUGUGGAUGAUCGCGUAGGGGGUGACUGGCACGUCGACGGUGAGGACGACGACAUUUCGCAGCUCCGCGAGGACCUUGCGCGUGAGCUUACCAGUCCCAUGGGGAACACGGCCUACCCGCGCAAUCUGACAUGGUCCAACUACGUCGACUAUCUUCUUUGUCCUACACUGUGCUACGAACUCGAAUAUCCGCGCACCGAAAAGGUUGACUGGCAGUCACUCAUUAGCAAAAUCAUCGCUGUCUUUGGUUGCAUCUUUCUUCUGACCAUUGUCAGCGAAGAAUUCAUCCUGCCUGUCCUCAUCGAAUCGUCUCAGCGCCUCGCGGUCCCAGGCAUGUCGGCAUCCGAAACCAUUCUUAUCCUGUGCGAGACGAUCUCGUGGCUCCUCUUUCCGUUCAUGGUCACAUUUUUGCUUGUCUUCCUGGUCAUCUUUGAGUACGUACUGGGUGCAUGCGCCGAGAUUACACGGUUUGCAGACCGACGCUUCUUCGCCGACUGGUGGAACAGCACCGACUGGAUGGAAUUCUCACGCGAGUGGAACGUGCCCGUCCAUGCAUUCCUCAGGAGGCACGUCUAUGGCGCAAGCAGGCCUCACAUUGGCAAGCCAUAUGCGACACUUAUCACAUUUUUGAUCAGUGCCAUCGGUCACGAGAUCGUUAUGGCUUGCAUCACGAAGAAGCUGAGGGGUUACGGGUUGGUGUGCCAGAUGUUGCAGCUUCCCAUAUUUGCACUGCAGCGUACAAAGUGGAUCAGAGGAAAGCACACAGCCAACAAUGUGUUCUUCUGGUGCUCCAUGAUCAUGGGCCUUAGCCUGAUGUGCUCCCUAUAUGUGCUCAUAUAGCGACUGAAAUUUUGUCUUUCGCUGUUCUUGCAGGUUAUAGCAACCAUGCUCCGAAUAACUUGACCUAUUGACCAGAAUUGCCUACUGUAGUUCUAGUUCUCAUAUAACGGCAAAAAAACUGCUUGUCACUUUUCAUCAAUGUCUUUCGCUAUGUUGGAGUUGGGAGACAGCCUAAGAAUACCCCUGGGAGGUUUCAUUUAUACUGUUAGUUUCAUCAAGAGGGGCCGGUUUCUCUUCUCAAGGUCCGCUUCAAGACUAGAUCUUGUACCAGGAACUCGCGUCUUGCCCUGUGCUGAGUGAUCAGGUGAAUCAUUACUCAAAUAUCUGUAUUAUAAGUAGCAUAACGCUGGCGCGCUAUGAAUAAAUACC